AUGACUGAGGAAAAUCUGAUGCAUUCAUUUGCUGUUCAUGACUUAACACAAGAGAAGAAGAAGCUGCAGGAGAGCUAUGAGAAGUUGGUUGAAGAUGUCAAUGGACUUUUGGAUGCUCAGGAAAGGAGGGCAGAGAAUGAUCUUGAAAGCAGCAAGCUUCAAGAGAAGUAUGACAUGGUUAAGAACCUAGCAGCUGCUCAAGCAAAUCUCAUUAGGAACAUGAAGCUCAAGCUAGCUGAAGAGAGGAAGAACUUGCAGAUCCACAUUGAUGAGCUCAAGAAGACAGUUGAAGAGAGCAAUGUGAAGCUGGAGGGGAUCAAGGCCAUCAUAAAUGGAUAA